UCCAGUUCCACAAUGGCAAGCAUCAUUAGAAAUCUUUUUUUCCGCUCCUUGGCCGUUCAGCCGCCGCUCAAAUUCAACGACCUCCGCUGUAAUUUCUCCAUUUCCGCUUCAAUUCACAGUAAAACAACUCGAAAAAACAAAGUAAAAAAAGCAUCGAAGAGCAGUAGUAAUAAUAACAGUAGUGUAAUUAACCAAAGCAAGCUUUCACAAGUGAAACGGCGGACUAGGUCAGAGAAAGAACUAGAUGAGGAGACAUUCCUGAACAAGUAUGGAAAUGACAAUUCUGCCCAUGUACCUGUUUUGCUUGGUGAAGUUUUGGAUGUUUUUACCUCAGUUACUCUCCGUUCAUUCCUUGAUUGUACUCUUGGUGCUGCCGGUCAUUCCUCUGCGAUAAUUCGAGCUCAUCCAGAAAUGCAAGUUUAUGUUGGACUUGAUGUUGAUCCUAUUGCGCAUCAAAUGGCUCAAUCUCAGCUGAAGAGUAUCCUAGACAGGGACUCUUUGGAUACGGCUUCUGCCUUUAAAGUGUAUACCUUUUUGAAAAAUUUUAAGGACGUCAAGUCUGUGCUUGGUGAAGUUGCAGAUGACUUAUUGGCUUGUGGAGUAAAUGGGAUCUUGAUGGACUUGGGUAUGUCAUCUAUGCAGGUAAAUGAUGCCGAAAGAGGUUUUAGCGUGCUGAAGAAUGGACCUCUUGACAUGAGAAUGAAUCCAAAGGCAACUCUGAAAGCUGAAGACGUAUUGAAUUCUUGGCCAGCUGAUGAAGUAGGACGAGUUCUGCGAGAAUAUGGAGAAGAAAGCAAUUGGUACUCCCUUCAAAACAGAAUUGUUAAGGCUCGUCUACAUGGAGGGUUACAUUCUACCAAUGAGCUGGUAGACCUUAUUAAGAAUUCAACUCCUCGGACUAAAGGAAGGCAAGGUUGGAUUAAGACAGCCACAAGAGUUUUUCAGGCUUUGCGAAUAGCUGUUAAUGAUGAACUUAAGACACUGGAGGAUUCCAUCCGUGCUUGUUUUGAGUCCCUCAGUUCUGGUGGAAGGCUUGCUGUAAUUUCAUUCCACAGUUUAGAGGACAGAAUAGUAAAGCAGGCGUUUCUCAAUAUUAUGACUUGCAGUGAAGUUGAUGGAAGUGGGGUUGAAGAUGAAGAAGAGCGCUUACGAGAGCUUAGAAAAACUAAUCUGGAUACUGUUAAAGAAGAAGCAUGGAUAAAACAGGUCAUACAAGGACAGACUGGAACUAUCCUUACAAAAAGACCCAUCACGCCAUCUGAAAAGGAGGAAACAUUAAAUCCUCGAAGUCGGAGUGCUAAACUAAGAGUGAUUCAGAAAGCCUGAAGAAAGGCGGAUGUCAUAGAUGUAGCUCGUGGCUGACCUUGAGGAGAUCUUUUGCUCGCGAAGAUGAGGAGCUUUACCAAUUGUUCAACAUCUAAAGUUAAGUAACCACAACUUGUUCUUGAUCGUCCUUCGACUUUAUUCAUCAGGUACUGUAGUCCCUCAAGGAAUUAAGGCUUAUGAAGCUCUAGUUCCUCUGGACUUGUUAUACAUAUUGUUCCAUCGAGGAAAUGGUGUCCGUAUUUACAACUAAAAAUAUUGUUGCCCUUACUGCCGGCCAAGACAUAUUGAAGGUUCAAGCUUGCACCUUGAUAUGCUGUAUUGCACAAAAACCAAUCCAUAGGUUACUGGUAAUUCUCGACGUGCAUACUUAUUGAGUAGGGAAUUUAUGAUUGAGGAAAGUUUCUACCCAAUGCAAUAUAGGAAGGAACUUGACUGUCGUUUCAAGCUCUUAAAUAUCCUAGACUCCCUAGUAUUUUAGGUUAUCUCGAGGGUUUGGGCAUUUGAAAUCAACGUUCUUGAUAUGCAAUUUCUUAGCAUGAGGUUUUGAUCUAUGCUUUACUCUGUUACACUUGAAGCAAAGUACCUCAUUGUAAGCUUUGUAUUUUCACUAGUAUUCACAUAUGAAUUAUAUAUAAACUACACAUGAACUAUUGGCAUU